AUGUAUGCGGAAUUAUUAUUUGGGGAGGGACGGUCGGGCGGUGACAUAGCUCGGGGCUAUCAGAAUCACGCUCGGCUGGCCACGAGCACCGCAGACGUCGCGCCGCCCGCAUACACCUUCAAUGCCACCUAUUUGACGACGCUUUGCUGUCUCCCGCGGCUAGUGAGGGGCGGAAUGCAAAUGAGGGAGCGGGGCACGUUUGUUGAUUUAAUCAACAAGGCCGAAUCCUCCGACACCUCUGGGCUGACGGUCCACUCGGCGCCCGCUGACCUACAUCGCUUUGGCACCCGCAAUCGCCGCUUCAACUUAAUUGUCCCGACACUCGGGCCUCCUAACGACUGCGCCGCAAUCGCUCGGUCCGAGGGGCGC